AUGCAUACACGCUUGCUGCUGCUAUUUGGCGUUGUGCUGUUCGGGUGUUGCUCCCUAUCCGCUGGAGUGUUCUUCAAUCAUGGUGGCACCCAUUUGGGUUCAUUGAAGCAUAUUUUCCGAAAGUAUGCGCAUCUGCUCGAGUCUGAUCGUCAACUAUCGCCUGUUAUUUUUGUACCAGGCGAUGGUGGAAGUCAGAUGGAUGCAAUGAUCGAUAAACCCAGCAAGGUGUCGAUUCUCUGCCAGAAGCACACCACCACCUUCUUCAACAUUUGGCUUAACAAAGAGCUGUUGCUGCCACUCGUGAUCGACUGUUGGAUCGAUAACAUCCGGUUGGAGUAUGAUAAUGUAACGCGCACCUCGCGUAACGCUCCCGGCGUUGUAACGCGCGUACCGGGCUUCGGCCAAUCGGAAACGGUCGAAUGGAUCGAUCCGUCACACGCGUCGGUCGGUGCGUACUUUGUCAACAUUGCCAAUGCGCUCGUCGCAAACGGUUACGUACGGGACAAAUCAAUCAUUGGCGCUCCGUAUGAUUUCCGGAAGGGACCAACUGAGCAUAAGGAGUAUUUUCUCGCGCUAAAGUUCUUGGUCGAGCAGACGUAUACGCUGAACCAUGAUACACCGGUUACGUUCAUUGUGCACAGCAUGGGCGCUCCGAUGACGUUACACUUCCUGCAACAGCAAACGGCCGAUUGGAAAGCGAAACACAUCAAGCGCGUCAUCUCGCUAGCCGGGGCCUGGGCGGGCAGUGUCAAAGCCCUCAAAGUGUACGCGAUCGGAGACGAUCUGGGUGCGUUCGCACUGAGCGGCAAGGUGAUGCGUGCCGAACAGAUCACUAACCCUUCGCUGGCAUGGCUGCUACCGUCACCAUUGUUCUGGAAACCGAACGAGGUGCUCGCACGUACCCAAUCACGCACCUACACGAUGAGUCAGAUGGACGAGUUUUUCGACGAUCUGGACUUCCCGAACGGUUGGGAAAUGCGCAAAGAUGCACUUCCGUACGCACUUAACUUUACUGCACCGGGGGUCGAGUUACAUUGUCUGUAUGGAAGCAACAUUAACACGGUCGAAUCUUUGGAUUAUCAAAAAUCGUACGAUCUUAGUGGUACUCCUGUGUUGAAGAUGGGCAAGGGUGACGGUACGGUAAAUGCCCGUUCGCUCGAAGCUUGCCAGCAGUGGACAAAGCAACAGAAGCAACCGAUCGUUUCCAAAGAGUUCCCCGGAGCCGACCAUAUGAGUAUACUGGCCGAUGUGAAUGUUAUCGAUAACAUUGUGCAGGUGUUGCUGGCGGAUCUGUCUAACUAA